AUCUGUCUCUACCCUGCGUUUUGCCGAAAUUCUCCUGUAUCUCUGCACUGUCGAAGUAAAAAGCAAAGAAACUGUGGAGCUAGCUAGAGAUCAAAGAAUGAGUAAUGGUACUAGGAUGGAAGAUCAAUUUAGGGGCAGAAAGAUUUUUGUUGGAGGAUUAUCGGCUGAAUUGACUGAAGAUGACUUCAAAAAUUACUUUGAAAAGUUUGGUCGGGUAACUGACGUAGUCGUGAUGCGUGAUAGUGUAACUAAACGCCCUAGAGGAUUUGGAUUUAUCACGUUUGAUUCUGUACAAUCCGUUGACUCUGUUCUUCAAAAUAACUUUCAUGAGUUAAAUGGUAGGCGUGUGGAGGUGAAGAGAGCCAUCCCAAAAAAGGGGAACUACAAUGGCGGCCAUAUUUCCAAAAGCCCUCUUUCUGAAAGCAAUGUUCUUCCCUCUUACCCAUAUUAUAGCUGUGGUUAUACAGUUUAUCCUGGUUUUACACCUUUUCCACCUUAUGGACCAGGUUUUGGUUUAUAUGGCUCAGACCCCUAUGGGAAUUGGUUUUCCCCCAGCUUUGGUCCCAUGGCUUCACCAGCUGCAUGGUAUGCUCCAAAUUUCUUUGGAAUGUUUCCUCCACCUCAUAAAAAUUCUCUAGUUUAUCCAACGUAUUCAAGCAAUGGGCUAUCUACUCCGGUGGCUGGAUAUGAAACUGCUGAUGGGAGAAGAAAGGUUGAGCCCCCCUCUCGUGCACAGAAAAAUAUGUCGGCUGACGCAGUGCCAUUUCAUGCUAAGGAUAAAGCUUGAAAGGAUCCGUUUUGUACAUGGAAACUUGGGAUUUAUGAUUGGAUUUGCUCUUGAUCUUGUUAUAAGGGCAUUUAGUUUGUAAAUUCUGUAGAUUUGUCUAGUUCUUUCUAUUAUAUUUUUUCUAAUCUCUGUUUUUUUUUUAUCUGCUUGUGAUGAAUUCAUGGUCGUGUGGAACACUCAGGCAACUGUUACAGUGGUUUUAGAUU